AUGGAUAUCAGAGUCAUAGGAGGACGUAAGUCAGCCACUGUAUCGCCUGCUUCUGUACCAGCUCAAGCACAGACCCCCAUUAGACCUACUAACAAAAACACAAAAUUUAUUGCAAUAGUGGGUACAAUAUUAGCUGUGCUAGCCAUUGCUAUCGCUGUACUAGCAACAAUUCUCGUGAGGAUAUCAAAAGAAUCACCGUCAGCGUCAAAUGAGCUUCAAACAACUACAAAUAAUAUGAGUCAGACGACGAGUGCAUCAAUCAUUACCAGUAGUUCCACAACAACUACAUCAACACCAGUAAUGAACUCUGUCACUGUAGCUCAAAGUACUCCAAUUACUACUUUAUCCACUACGAUGGCAUCCAUGAAUAGCACAUCUCAAUCAACAACAACGACAAGUUUAGCCACAGCAGCAGCCAUACCAUCUACUUCAACAACCACCGCGGGACAAUCAGUAGCAGCCACCACAACAUCGAUGACUACUGAUAAGUAUUAUGGAUCAACGGAUGGUAGCUAUGCCGCAGAUUCCUUCACGAAUCUUAGUACAGUAUUCAAUUUUAUGGAUUCGGUCUCAGCAGCUGGUUAUCUGAAAAGUGUCUCAGUCAACUUUUAUCAGGCACCUAUACCAGGCUCAGCUCAACUCAUGUUGUAUGUUUUGACACCCUCAUCGACCCCAACAAAAUUCACAGUUGCGAUGCAGUAUGUUGUGCCAUCGUCCAGUAUAACCAAUGUCAUAGGCACAGCUCAGCAGUUUCUUCUGCCGGCUUAUUUAAUGAACGUUUCUGUCGGACAGUUUGUAGCCUGUGGAUUUGGUCCCGGAGCUGGCAGCGCAUAUU